GGAUAUUCCAAGCGACAGAAAAGAAUGCAAGUCAUUCGAACUUGUUUUUUGUGGUUAUGGGAACGAAGAUCGACUUGUAGGAAACUGUCUUUGGUUUCUAGUCUACCAAAAAUGAACUUUUAUAAUCUUCCUCAACGUGUACAACAGUUUCAAGAGCCUUCUGUUUGGUUGGAGUUUUCUCCGUUGUCUUCCUUGUGCAACGCUAUCAACUUGGGUCAAGGCUUUCCAGACUGGAAACCACCCAACUUUGUCUUGGAAGCUGCUUCAAAAGCUUCUUCUGAUCCAAGUCUAAGUCAAUAUGCACGUUCAAGUGGUCUACAAUCUUUGGUAUCUACCAUCAGUAAAACAUAUGCACCUCUGUUGCAAAGGUCUAUUGACCCCAAUAAAGAAGUAUGUAUAACUGUCGGAGCAUCGGAAGCUAUAUUUCUUGCUUGUCAGACUUUCGUGGAACCUGGUGAUGAGGUCAUCUUCAUCGAACCUGCAUUCGAUAUCUAUUUUGGAGCAGUUGUAUAUGCAGGUGCUACUCCUCGAUUUGUUUCUCUUCUUAUGCAAUCAAAGGAAGCGACUCAACCCUUGGCAGCUAGUGACUUGCGUUUGGAUUACGAAGAACUCCGAAGAGUACUUUCUGAACGCUCCAGGUUGCUGAUAUUGAAUACUCCACAUAAUCCGACUGGAAAAGUAUUCAAGAAAGAAGAAUUGGAAAAUAUAGCAAAAGUGUUGCAAGAGUUUCCUCGCUGUUUAGUACUCUGUGAUGAAGUCUAUCAACAUUUGGUAUAUGAUGAUGAAGUUCAUGUUCCUAUGGCAACGAUAGAAAAUAUGUGGGAAAGAACCAUUUCCGUAUAUUCUGCAGGGAAAACAUUUUCAGUAACGGGAUGGAAGAUUGGUUGGGCUAUCGGACCUUUUCAUCUUAUUCGUCCGAUGAUGUUGUCACAGCAAUGGAUCGUCUUUUCUACUACGACGCCACUUCAACAAGCGGUUGCUUCGUCAUUGGAACAAGCAACUCAACCUUUUGAAAGUGAACCAACCUAUUAUGCAUGGUUGAGGAAACGUUAUCAAAGGAAACGAGAUUAUUUUUAUCAAGCUUUGAUAGAAGCAGGUCUACAUCCAGUGAAACCUCAAGGUAGUUUUUUUAUUAUGAUAGAUAUCUCCGAAAUACAAGGAAUUCGGAAUGAAAUGCCAUCCAUUGUGAAGGAAUGGCGGAAACAAGGCUUAUUAGAUAUCGAUGAAAGAACACAAAAUGCGAUGGAUUAUAACUUUUGUCGAUGGCAAGCAGUUGAAAAAGGAGUAACGGCUAUUCCAUGCAGUGCCUUUUAUAGUCGACAACAUCAACAUUUGGGUUCUCGAUAUGUGCGCUAAACAAAGACUUGCAAGUCACACAUGGGGGAACAACCAUCCUCAC